AUGGCCGAUGAAAAUGGUACGAGUUCAAGGGAUGAUCAUUUACAAAUACCCGACUUUAAGGCAUUAGUAGAAGAAUUGGCAGAAGUUAAAACUGAGUAUGAAGAAUUGAAGAGCCAUAUUGUAGAGUUAGAAAAGAAAUAUGAGAGAAUGUUGUCUGUGAAGUCAGGAGGUGGGGAUGGUGAAAUCAAUAUAUCAGCUAGACUACAACUACUGACAGCUGAUCUAUUUAAUAACUCUAUGUUUAGUGAUAUAGUUAUAAUGUUACAAGGUGGAACUCAAGUUAAAGCCCACAAACUGAUAUUAGCUGCUAGUGGUAAUGAUUGGGGUGUAGAACAGUUUGAUACUAUAGAUAUGUUAGAUCUUACAGAUAUGAGAUAUGAAGUAUGCUAUGCUAUGAUAAAAUGGGUAUAUACAGAUGAAUUUGAUUUCCAUCAUAAAAUAAAUGAUGAUUUUUUAAUAGAAUUGAUGCAAGCAGCUAGUAUUUGUAAACUAGAUUCUUUAUUUAUAAGAUGUCAGAAAGCGUUAUUAGCUGUAUUAAAUAGUGAGAAUUAUGAUAAAAUAUUAAAAUCAUCUGAAGAUUUAUCAGCUGAUAUUCUGUAUGAACAAUGUCUGAAAUUUACUGGUGUACCACACAAUAAGACUGGUACAGAGUUAUUAGUACAGAAAUUAAAACAACAUAUCGGAGAACAGCAGAUAGACUUGAUUAUCCCUGACAAUUUUACACCAACCUCUGCAAUAAAUUAUCGAAUUCAGUCGUCAGAUAACAAGCGUCUUGCAAAUGAAGGAAAUUCUAUAACAGUGUAUGUAUCAAAUAGUGAGGAACUAUUAAACAAUGUUUUAAGUGAGGAUAUUGCCGAAACAUAUGAAACUUUAGAGGAGACGUCCGAAAUUCCUAAAUCUACUUCUGGAACUAUAGAUAUUAAUAGUACUGAAACUAGUGAAAAUUCACAUUUGAAUGAAAUGCUUUAUUCUAGUUCUUUGACAUCAAUUUCUGCUAGCCACAAUCAGAAAGUGGAGACAGUUGAUUAUGGCCCUGAAUGUGUUGAUAUUGGCCCUGAACAUGGUGAUAUUGGCCCUGAAUGUGUUGAUAUUGACCCUGAACAUGAUGAUAUUGGCCCUGAACAUGUUGAUAAUGGCCCUGUUACCAGCUCUCAGCAUUGCUCAAAUACAACCAAUUCUGAGGUGACCAACAAAAUUUCACUAAAACAAGGAGAAAUACCUUCUGAAAAUCACUAUUUUGAAUUAGUAGAGGAUAGUGUUGAAGAUAUUCCUUCAGAAAAGUUUGAUCUUGGAACAAAUUCAAUGCAUUUGACUUCUGAUGGUGCUUUAUUGGCCUUUGAAAACCAUUCCAAUGCCUCACUUCAAGAAACCUAUGUGGACCAAACGGAAGAUUCUCUGCAUAUACAUAAAGACAAAGACUCUGUUAUUAUCACCU